UCGGGGAUAAAGCCGCGCCGGGCGCCCGGAGCGCCGAGCCCGCAGCUGCCUGCCGGCCCCGCGGAUCGUCGGAGCGGCCCGCGUCGGUGCCCGGCGCCCUAGGGUCCGACUCGCGCGCUCCGGGGCCCCCGGUGCCCACUCGCCGCCGCGCCCGGAUUCACCCUAAAACUCUGCUCAGCUCCCAAGAUGUGGCCACCCAAGAUACACGCACUUUUCUGCCUCUGUGGCUGCCUCGCACUGGCUCAUCCAUUUGACUGGCAAAAUCUAAGUCCUAUUGGCCACAUUAAGUCAUCAGCAUGGAUAAACAAAAUACAAUAUCUGAUGUCUGCUGUAAACUCUAGUCAAACACGGAUCCCAAGAGGAAAAGGACCUUACUCUGUUGGUUGUACAGACUUGAUGUUUGAGUACACUCGUGAGGGCUCCUUCUUGCGUUUGUAUUAUCCAUCCAAAGGAGAUGAUCAUGCUGAAGCCAUCUGGAUCCCAAACAAGGAAUACUUUUUUGGUCUUAGUAAGAUUCUUGGAACAAACUGGUUAAUGGGCAAAGUUUUGAACUUACUAUUUGGUUCAAUGACAAUUCCUGCAAACUGGAAUUCCCCUCUGAGGACUGGUGAAAAAUAUCCAUUAAUUAUUUUUUCUCAUGGUCUUGGAGCAUUCAGGACACUUUAUUCUGCCAUUGGCAUUGACCUGGCAUCUCAUGGAUUUAUUGUUGCUACUGUAGAACACAGAGAUGAGUCUGCAUCUGCCACUUACUACUUCCAAAAUCAGUCUGCUGCAGAAACAGGGAACAAGACUUGGGUGUAUCUUAAAAUCCCAAAACAAGAGGAAUCAUCUGAACGAAAUAAACAGGUACGGCAAAGAGCCAAGGAGUGUUCCCGAGCUCUCAGUUUGAUUCUUGACAUUAAUCAUGGAAAGCCAGUGAAGAAUGUCUUGGAUCUACCUUUUGAUAUAAAGCAGCUGAAGGAUUCUAUCGAUAAAAAUAAAAUAGCAGUAAUGGGACAUUCUUUUGGUGGAGCCACAGUUCUUCAGACUCUUAGUGAAGAUCACAGAUUCCGAUGCGGUAUUGCCCUGGAUGCAUGGAUGUUUCCAUUGGGUGAUGAAGUAUAUUCCAGAAUUCCUCAACCCCUUUUUUAUAUUAACUCUGAGCGGUUUCAAUAUCAUAAAAAUAUUGAAAAAAUGGAACAAAGCUACUUACCGGGUAAAGAAAGAAAAAUGAUCACAAUCAGGGGCUCAGUCCAUCAGAAUUUUGCUGAUUUCACUUUUGUAACUGGCAAAAUAACUGCUUACAUAUUUGCAUUAAAAGGAAAAAUAGAUUCGAAUGUAGCAAUUGAUCUUUCCAACAAAGCCUCAUUAGCAUUCUUACAAAAGCAUUUGGGACUUCAGAAAGAUUUUGAUCAGUGGGACUGCUUGAUUGAAGGGGAUGAUGAUAAUCUCAUUCCAGGGAGCAAUAUUAAGAUGAUCAACAGGAACGUCACUGUACAUCACUCUAUAGAAUGAAGAAAUAGAAUCUAGAUUAGUUUCUUAAAAGAUCUUGUUUGAGGGGACAUAGCUCUUUUUAAAAAAGCAUUUACCUUGCAUUUAUAAGGCACUGGAUUUCAGUCACCAGUACUAUAAAAAUAAAUAUUUGUAAGAUAUCUCAGUGGCCAUUCUUCACAUGUUUCAGUCAUAUAAGGCCCUGAGCUGUAUUCCUGAAAUUGCAAUAAAUGAAUAGUAACUGUAUUGUCUGAAAAAUAUCUAGAGAAUGUAGCUCACUGGUAGAGAAUUUGCCUUGCAUGUGUGUGGUCCUGCAUUUAAUCUUUUGCAUUGAGAAAAAAUGAAUACAAAUAAUUAAAAUGUCUAAAAAAUGUAAAUGGCAAUGUAUUUUUAAAAUAACUCAUUAAAAUGUGGACUAUACCAUAAAAGUGA